CUUUCAAAACGUUUUAUUUACGCGGGGCCUUAACCGAUCCUAAUUUUUUUUUUUCUCUCCACAAGUUGCUUGGUCGAAACCCUUCGUCCGCUCGCACACACAUACACAUAGUGUAGAAUUGUGUGGUGAUCAUGGCGAUGGCAAGUUUAUACCGGCGUAUCCUCCCUUCUCCACCUGCCAUUGACUUCGCUUCCUCCGAAGGCAAGAAACUUUUUACAGAAGCCAUUCACAGUGGAACUAUGGAAGGAUUCUUCAAGUUGAUUUCUUAUUUCCAGACACAAUCUGAACCUGCAUAUUGUGGUUUGGCUAGCCUUUCAAUGGUUUUGAACGCCCUUGCCAUUGACCCUGGUAGAAAAUGGAAAGGGCCUUGGAGAUGGUUUGAUGAAAACAUGUUGGAUUGCUGUGAGCCGCUAGAAAAGGUUAAGAACACAGGUAUCACAUUUGGGAAAGUUGUAUGCUUGGCUCACUGUGCUGGAGCUAAGGUUGAAGCUUUUCGGACAACUCAGAGCACUAUAGAUGAUUUCCGGAAAUAUGUCAUGGCAUGUACUUCUUCAGAGGAUUGUCAUGUGAUUUCAUCAUAUCACAGAGGAGUAUUUAACCAGACUGGAACAGGCCAUUUUUCUCCAAUUGGUGGAUAUCAUGCUGAAAGGGAUAUGGCUCUGAUCCUAGAUGUUGCAAGAUUUAAAUAUCCUCCUCAUUGGGUUCCACUUCGUCUUCUUUGGGAAGCUAUGGAUACUGUUGAUGAAUCAAAUGGACUACACAGAGGGUAUUUGCUUGUGACUAGGCAUCAAAGAGCACCUGCUUUACUUUACACCCUGAGCUGUAAACAUGAGAGUUGGAUCACUACUGCAAAAUAUCUGAUGGAUGAUGUCCCGGUGCUAUUAAGUUCCGACAAUAUGCAGAAUGUGAAGAAUGUGCUUGCAACUGUCUUCACGUCUCUUCCAGCAGACUUUGCUGAGUUCAUUAAAUGGGUGGCAGAGAUUCGUAGAGAAGAGGAUAACAAUCAAAGUUUGAGUGAAGAAGAGAAAGGGAGGCUUGGUAUCAAGGAGGAGGUGUUGAAACGAAUGCAAGAAACUGACCUUUACAAGCAUGUCACUGAUAUUCUGUCUUCGGAGAAACUUGGGUGCCAGAUCAAGCAAAUGUCAGGCAGCAAAGAUAGUUUGCCUGACAUUGCUGCUGCUGUAUGCGGCCAAGGGGCAGGGAUUUUGUCGGGAAAGUUGGGCUGUUCAGAUAGGUUUUUCUGCCGGGAGACAUGUGUGAGAAGUUACAGAGCCACUACUGGGGACAAGCCUGUUACCGUAGUAUCUGGAACAGUGGUCAACGGCAACGGAGAGCAGGGAGUUGAUAUGCUAGUCCCUUUAUCACAAACAGAUCCUAGCUGCUCCAACUUUGGAUCGUGUGGUUAUUCUGGCAUGCACCCGGCUAGUAAUGAUAUCUUAACGGCACUUCUACUAGCAUUGCCCCCAGAGACAUGGUCUGGUAUUAAAGACGAAAAGACUUCUGAGGAAGUAUCCGACUUAGUUUCGACAGAGAGGCUUCAUCCAUUACUCCAAGAAGAGAUUUUGCAUUUGCGGGGUCAACUACUGAUGCUGAAGAGAUGCAAAGAUAACAAGGUAGAAGACGAUCUAGGUUCCAUUGAAGUAGCAAUGGGUACUUCCCACAGCUCGAACUCUCUACUCGAUGCAGCAAUAUUAUCCAAGAGAUCAAAUUUCCAUCCAAAGCAAAAUUCGUAUCAAAAAAAUUCUCGUUCUUUAACUCGUCGUUCAAUCAAGAAAAUGUCAUCUCCUCGCCAAGGAGUCCUCUUUCCAGGAAUAAGCAGACCUGGUAACGACUUCUCGCUUUUUGGUGUCUCGUAUAAAUUUAACUCGACGGUUGCCUGCCCAAAGAGUGCAUUCUACGGAAGGCAAAGUAUGUUUCUACGGUGAUGGGCAUAUUUGAACUCAUGGAGAUGGAAGGGAUUUGAGUAUAUAUAUAGGGUUUUUGGUCAUGACAUUUUUUCUGUAUAUUUAUUAGUUCAUAAAGGGAUCUUGGAAAUAUAUGCUACUUUUUACAUAUAUUCUUUGUAUAUACUGAAUCUCAUUGAAUUUGCCAGGAUACAUGCUUUGUGACUAGAAAAUUUCUCUUCGAGAAUGUUGUUUAAA